AAGAGGAGGGUGGUGGCUGCUAACGUUUGCCGAGACCGAAGGAAAAAACCUUUACGCAUCCCCCCCCUUCAGCCUUCCAAAUUCUUCUCUUCUCAAACUCUCUCCCCAUUUCCUUAUCUAACUUUCUUUAAAUAUUAUUAAGAUUUCCGUAUUCAACUUUGCUUUCCAGAAUAACCAAAAUCUUAUCUAAAUUUUUGCUAGCAACAAAUUCGAAAUUUUGUUCAUCCAAUUUUUCCAGUAUAUGAUUUGCUUGACAAGUCAUAAGUUGUGCAUACCUCCACGAAUUGAAUCACAUUUCGGACGAUAUAUUAACACAAAACGAAAUUUGAGAUUAAUUAAUUUUGGGAAUUUUCACAAAUAUUUAUCCGAGUUGAAAUCGUUGACGACGUUUGGGAUAAGAAGAAGGACGACAUCAACAACAAUGGCGGUCGAAAUAGCGAAAGCAAACGAAGCGUCGUUAAUAUUGACGUCAGGUGCAAGCGGGAGAAUCAGCGCACUAUUUUCGUUGCGCGUAUUGAGAAGUUUGUUCCUUUUGAUAAAUGCUUUCGUGCUUCAAUUGUUGUUGCCAUUUCGUGGACGGAGGAGGAUGACGUCGCCGGCGGCGUCGGGGUCACAGGAGAAGGCCGGGAAGGAGGAAAAAUCGGCGGCAUUGGAAAGGAAGGGUCCGGUGGUUCGAGUGCCGUCGAAAAUGGUGCCGCGGAAGAGCGUGGUAGAGCAGGAGGUGGCGGCGAGACGAUCGCUGGCGAUAAGGAGAGUGCUUCAGGAUGAUGAUAAAGAGACGCUGAGGGAAUUUUCGCUCUUUGUUACGUCCAGAGGAGACACCAUGUUCACGCAAUCAUGGACACCUGUUUCCUUCAAACUCAGGGGUUUGGUUUUCUUGUUGCAUGGCCUCAAUGAACACAGCGGCCGGUAUAAUGAUUUUGCCAAGAAGCUAAAUGCAAAUGGCUAUAAAGUUUAUGGAAUGGACUGGGUUGGUCAUGGUGGAAGUGAUGGACUGCAUGCAUAUGUUCCUUCUCUUGAUGAUGCUGUCAAUGACAUGAAACACUUUCUCUCGAAGGUUUUAGCGGAAAAUCCUGGACUUCCGUGUUUUUGCUUUGGACAUUCGACUGGUGCAGCCAUAGUACUUAAGGCAGCACUUGAUCCAAAGGUAGAGUCUAGAAUUGCUGGUGUUGUAUUAACUUCACCUGCUGUAGGAGUUCAACCAGCUCAUCCAAUUUUCACAGUACUUGCUCCAAUUGUCUCAUUCCUAAUGCCAAGAUACCAGUUCAGUGCAGCAAACAAAAGGGGUGCCGUAGUAUCUAGGGAUCCGGCAGCAUUACUGGCCAAGUAUUCGGAUCCACUAGUAUUCACUGGAUCCAUUAGGGUACGAACAGGUUAUGAGAUACUUCGGAUAACUGCCUACUUGCAACAGAAUCUGAGCAAGUUGACAGUACCAUUCCUAGUUCUUCAUGGCUCUGAUGAUGCGGUCACUGACCCAGAAGGCUCUAAGAAACUCUACGAAGAGGCUUCUUCAACUGAUAAAAGUAUCAAACUGUAUCAAGGGUUGCUGCAUGACCUGCUUUUCGAGCCGGAAAGAGAAGAAAUAAUGAAGGACGUAAUUGACUGGUUGAACCAAAGAUUGCUGAAUUGUUAAGGAUUAUAACGGUUCAAUCAGAAGAGAUAGCGGGGGAAUUGCAGAAUCCGAAGAGAUUAGAAGUGGAGAGAGGAAGAGAAUUGAACUUUGAUCAAUUAGUUUUAAGCACAUUAAAACUUGGUUGAAGCCCUGCAUUCUUAGAUGUUAUGUAAACUAAUCUAUACUCAUUUUGUCAAUUUUCUUGGAAAGGAAUACUCUUUAAGGGAAUGCGUUUUGCUAUCUACUGUUCAUUUCUGUUUC